AUGAGGCCUAGGCGAACUCAAAUCUACAGUCCUCUCCUAACUAACAUUCGGAGAUAUCAGGUACAGGCUUCCGGUAGGCUUCGUAUCGAUACCCUGUCCGAAGGUAGCUACUACACUGUAUGUCUGCGCUCGGACAACUCUUUUUUUCCCCCGAACGCAGCCUGUACACGUUGGCCCACGGUCUUUGAUCAGAGAAAAGCCAGUUUGCCCAUUGAAAGCAAGCCUUACACCGUCGCCGGAUUCCUUGGGCUGUACGUCGUCUCGCAUGGCAGCAAUUGGGCCCAGCUUGGCUGGCGAGCCCCCAACAGGGAUCUUCAAGGAGGGCCGAUAGUCCUGUCCCCUCCUGUGGCCUACCUCUUGUUUGUGCUCAAAUCGAAACGACAAAGAUGCCCUGAACAGAUACACUUCUUUGCUCCUCCUUGGGUAAGUCAGCCAGAUGACAGGAUCUCACUUUCCACUAAAAUGGCUCGUCAGCAGCUUGUAUUUGAGCCCAUUCUUCAUCUUCCAUGCUUUAGUUAUGUGUACAGAAUGCGAGAAAAAAGUCGAACUAUUGGCACCGAUAUAGCUGGAAUGCAAAUUUCUAAAAUAAAUCUUUCAUUAUUAGCAUCUUUUAGAGUACAGGCCCAUAGUGUGACAUAUGAUCCCAAUCCUAGAAGUGAGGAAAAGAAGCUUUAUGCUUCGCAUAAAGAUCUUCUGGAUUAUUCCUCGCUCUUUGCCUCCGUCAUAUUUUUGCUUAAGGUACAAAAGUUCAAAAGUGCUUUAGAAAUUUUGAAUGUACUUCCCCAUACAAUCCAUACCUUCACAUACUUAAAAUUGUCUGAUAGGGAGUCAUAA